ACCAGACCAACAGCUGCGUUUGAGUUUGACAACACCAGCAGCUUCAACAUGGGGAGGAUUGCUAAAGAGGUUUCCGGCCAGGUCCUGUGCUUCAUUGGAUUCAUUGGCAUAUGUGUCAGCUGUGGCAUGCCCAUGUGGCGCGUCACUUCGUACAUCGGUGCCAACAUCGUCACGGGCCAGAUCGUCUGGGACGGCUUGUGGAUGAACUGUGUGAUGCAGAGCACAGGACAGAUGCAGUGUAAAGUCCAAGACUCAAUCAUGAGACUGACGCAGGACUUGCAAGCGGCACGUGCGCUGACCGUCAUCGCAAUAGUGAUCGGCUUCAUUGGGAUGCUCUUGACGUUUGUGGGAGGCCAGUGCAGCAGCUGUCUGAAGAAAGAGUCCUCCAUGGCUAAAGUGCUGAUUCUGGGUGGGAUCCUGUGCAUUGUAGCUGGAGUCCUCUGUCUCAUUCCAGUCUGCUGGUCCUCAGCCUACACCAUCUCAGAUUUCCAGAGUGUUCUCACAAUCGAGACCCAAAAGAGGGAGCUUGGGGCAUCCAUUUACAUCGGCUGGGGCGCCUCAGGGUUUCUUCUGUUUGGAGGGAUCAUUUUGUGUACUUCUUGCCCACCGAGAGAAGAUAUGUAUCCAAAAUACCCAGCCAUGUACCCCUACCAAGGACCUAUGUAUGGGCCUCCUGGAUCUUAUAUGCCUGCUGCUCGGGCGCUUCUGAUCGUCGCCAUCAUUGUCUGCCUCUUUGGGGUCGUCCUGGGGAUUGCCGGUGGAAAAUGCACCAACUUUGUUGAGAGAGACGACACCAAGGCAAAGGUGGCUAUCGCCAGUGGUGUGAUCUUCAUCGUCGCUGGAGUGCUGGUCCUGGUCCCCGUCUGUUGGUCAGCAAACACCAUCGUCAGGGAUUUCUACAAUCCCCUCCUCACAGAUGGCCAAAGGAGGGAGCUCGGGCCUUCUCUCUAUAUCGGAUGGGGUGCAGCUGCACUGCUGAUCCUGGGAGGAGGUAUUCUGUGCAGCUCCUGCCCGCCUAAAGAGGACAAGUACAACAUCAAGUACUCUCAGCCACGGUCCACUGCCACCAGCAGAGCCUACGUCUGAAAGUAAUCAAGCAUGCAAAGACUUUUUACUUAUAAAGACCCUUUUUUAGUAAAACCUCUUUAUUCCCAUCUCUGGAUUUUUUUUUUUCCCAAAGAGAAACGAAGGAAGGACAGUGUCUGAUAUGGCAUAGUUUAUUUACUGAAAUUUCGUGCUGUGAUUCUACAGAUCACUGAAAAAGAAAGUGUGCAUUUAUAAUGUGAUGAGAGGAAUCAAACUCAGGGAAGUGACGGAGAUCUGAAAUGUUAACUGUGUGUUUUUUUUGUUUUUUUUUAGAAACAAGCUGUUCUUGUAAUUUAUGUUCAAUAUGACAAUAUGAAUAGUUCCAUUAAUCAUUAUAGGUAUUUGACUGUUAAUAAAUUACAAAGGCCAUGGUUUUAUAAAAUGUGCAUUAACCGUAUACAUUUUUUGUAAACAUAAAUUAGCAUUUUUGCACAAAGAUGCCUUAAUCAGUAAAUGUGUCUUACUGUUUGUUUAUUAAAAUAAAUGCUUCUGUAAAACAAUUUAUUAAUAAUGCAUUGACUUCAUUUCAUAAUAAUAGUUUGACAGUACUGAAUAUUCUCACAUCAAAGAAAACAUUACAGAUUGUGCUGAAAUUGUUGAAAAUAGCGACAGAGAUGUUGGAGAAGACCUCCUGUAAAACCGGUUUUUAGCAAUGCUCUUAAAAAAAAUCUCUAUUUUGCUGUAAAAAAAAACUGUUAAUAAAAAACUAUCUGACA